UAAAAUGCAAUAUACACUCGACAUGAAAGAUGAAUUGAUCGAAUUGUAAAUACAUCAAGCCACCUACUUAACAAUCGUCGUCGUCGAAUUCUGUUCCACCAUUAACUUUCGGCAUCAUCAUACUUUGACUGACCAAAAUGGGCUCGUACGUCUCCAUUGUCGACUGCAAGGCACACUAUAAUGUCACUCUCAACUGUGGCGUUCAAGGCGUCAAUCAGACUAUAAACGGCACAACCAAAAUAUUGCCUCCUUUCACAAGUAUUGGAGGCUACUCUAGGGGGGAGGUCCCUGGAGAUCCGGACAUUGCUGGUAUAGGAAUCCUCGGAGUCUUCGUCGCGGUCACUAUGUUCUCCAUACUUGCUGGUCUCAUGACGGUGAUCUGGCAGAUCUUUAAAACUUAUCGGGUAAAGACGACUUCUGCUGAUGAGCGAAGAGUCGAAGGAGGGAAACGAACAAGCUUUUCGGAAGUCAUGGAAACAUUAGUUCUUGCCUGUAGUGACCAGCAAGUGUUCACGGGAGCUGCGUAUGCAAUUACACUCAGAUAUUGGAAAGGCUGCACAAUCUCCGCAUACCAUUACAACAUCGUCGCGAAUAUGAUGUUGCUCACAUGUGCGACACAUCUUAUGUCGGUAACCAUCGUUCGAAACUAUUGGAAGUUUCCCUGGCUUGCGGCCCUUCGUGUUAUUUGCGUAACGUUUGUUUUCAUCGCCACAGGCUUACUCAUGACCAACCAAGAUGCGGUGGACAAUGGCUAUACGUUCCCCACGGGUAUUCCACCAGCGAAUAUGGAUGAUAGCACCAUCUUCUUGCCCGCAGCCUGUUUUCAGAGCGACCAACAUUCGGCUGCAGAUACAUUUAGAGAGGUGACGUCGAGUGCUAAAAGUUUCAGCGAUGCCCUCACCCACUCGAUGUCGGGCGACAACAAGAUUCAAGGCUGGAACCUGUACAUCAUCACGGUCCUCUUCUACGGAGCCGCCACCAUUGCCGAACUGAUUAGGUUCAUCCGACGGGGUAAGAGCAGGCCUGGAUGGAGGGCCCAUGUCGGCGACAAAUUUCGACGAUUUUGCGGGCUCGGAACACCGCUGAGGAAUCUGGUACAGAACAUGUUCUUGAUCUACCUCCUAGCUGGCGUAGGAAUUAGCCUUUUCGUUGCCAUCGCCUCAACAAUAUAUAUCUUUGAGCUCCGCAGAUGGGUUGAUAAAUCGCAGUGGAUCCAACUCGAGAACGGCCUGAACGAGGAAAACGACUCCAAAAGCUUUGGUCAACUGGUUCCCCUAUUCUCUAGUGCAUUGAUUGUCUUUAGCUUUGCUCAAAUCAUCAGCGAGAAAUGUACACAACACCAAAACCGUAAACACGAACAAGAGGAGAUGCCUCCGCAGGACGGGACUAUCCCAUACCUUGAUCCUUCUAGCUACAACUUGAUCCCCCCACGCGACCCAGAAAAGGGGAGAUUCGGAAUAGGCGAUACUGGAACGGUGGGAAUAAGUGAGACUAGUUGGCCUCAGCGGGUCAGCCUUGGGCACCAGCCCCCUUGGAAAGACGAUACCCAGAUGAGCGGUGAUCACUUUGGUACGCCAUUACUUGGCGAACAUAAUUAUUCCUCUACCACAACGACACUGAACAGCCAGUCGUUGUCGGCUACUGAACAUGCAAUCUCAUCGCCACCGUCGCUUCCGUAUCUACCUUCGAUGCCGUCGAUAUCAUCGUUGCAGUCGCUACCACCUCUGCCGCAAGCUCAAAGCCAGAGCUCGACUUGGAAUAUGAGGCCAAUUUCGUCGCGUAACUCUAGUGCGCCUCAACCGCGAAAUCCAGUCUGGAGCCCCGACUUAGCCCAAGAAGUGGGUGCGAGGCCAGAGGUAGGACCUAGACACUUUUCGACGCGGCCAUUCUAGUGAUCUCGUUCAUUUUUUCCCCUCCUCCUCGACAUACAUUAAUGUAUCAUAGCGGCUGGCUGUUGGAAUUCUGGCGUAUAUCGAUUUGGUUUCUUUCAUUGUAUCUUUAGCAUGGCACGUCACGAUAUACCCAGACUCAUUAUUGAAAAAGUUGUUUUGUUUAAGAUUUUAACUCUUUUCUUUUUCUUUUUCUUUUUCUUUUCACUUCAAUGUUAGAUAGCUACGUAGAUCAUUAUCGGAAAGACGAAUAAUCAUUCAUCUAUCCAAGAAUUUAAC